AUGAGAUUAGUGCCUAUACUCUCUCUAUAAAUAAAGUACAAUAUUGAAACAACACCAACUAUUUAAUUCAAAAUUUGAUUUUAUUUAUUUAUGGCAUUCAAUUCAAACAAAUGAGGUAUGUGUGAUGUGUCAGUCUGGUUUUAAUUCACCGCGUCUUCUUCUUCUUAGCUGUGUCAAACCGCUGUUUUGCUCAAACCCAAUCUUGCUCACUUAGGUCCUUUGUCUUCUUCCUCCCACCGCUUCUGAAAGUAGAAAAGAUUCUCCUUUUCUUCACUUCCAAUAUCCUUCGCCUCCUUCCGCACUUUGGGUCUCUCAUACUUCCAUCAUUAUUCCGUUAAUACGGUCACAAAGAAAAUACCCAUUUUUUAAAGAACGAGAAAUCCAAGCGAUAAAAACCAAUUUUUCUUGCUUUUCAUGCUUCGUUGACCAUGCUCGUCAUUCUGAGCUCCACAGUAAAAGAAAGAAAGUACAAAAUGGCUCUAAAAGGCUUUUUGCAAGAAAGUUUGAGGAACUGAAGAAAAAGAGAAGAUAAAGAGAACUCUUUUGAGGAAAUCUAUAAAGUUCUGAAAUAGGGUUGUCUCUUCUUAUCUGGGUAAAUGGGGCAGGAAGAAAAGCACCAGAACCAGUACCAGAACAAGAAGAAAAACAAGGAGGAAAAGAGCGCGCCUUCUGUUUGGUUUACUUUAAAGAAAUCUCUGCAUUGUAAGUCAGAGGUAUCAGAAGUUCAUGUUCCGAAGAGCAAGAAAUGUGAGUUGAGCUCAAUCUUGCCCAAGAAAUCCAGUAGGAGGUCUGGGUGUUCAAGGUCCAUAGCAAACCUCAAAGAUGUCAUCCAUGGAAGAGAGAGAGACAUGGGGAACCCACCCAGUUGCAGCCCAAGAUCCAUAGGAAGCAGUGAGUUUCUCAACCCAAUCACACAUGAGGUCAUUCUCAGCAACUCCAGGUGUGAGCUCAAAAUCACAAGCUUCAGUGGGUCCCACGACGGAAGAGACAGCGGCGGGAAUGGUUCAGGGUCACUUGUUGGCACUCUUCUACGACCAGGAACACCUGGCCCCGGAGGAGGACACUACUUCAGCUCUUCCUACAGAAACCAAGCAGCAACUCUCCCAAGAGGGACCCUUUCUCCUCUUAUGGGAGAAAAAGAUGCCUCAGCGAGUGUGGUGGUUAACAAUGGCUUUCCUUCAAAACGCAGGGCUUCUUCCACUGACAUCAAUGGCCGCUCUUCACCGUUCAUAUGUCACAAGUGCGGUGAUGAGCAGUUUGGAAAGUGGGAAGCUUUUGAAGCACACCAUCUCUCCAAACACGCUGUGACUGAACUUUUGGAGGGUGACUCCUCAAGGAAAAUAGUGGAGAUAAUCUGUCGGUCAAGCUGGAUAAAAUCAGAGAGCCAAUGUGGCCGAAUUGAAAGGGUGUUGAAAGUUCACAACACACAGAAGACUCUAGCAAGGUUUGAAGAAUAUAGGGAGAUGGUGAAGGUGAAGGCUGGAAAACUCCCCAAGAAACACCCGCGAUGUCUUGCAGAUGGAAAUGAGCUAUUAAGGUUCUACGGCACAACUGUCGCAUGCUGUCUUGGCAUGAAUGGAUCAUGCAGUCUCUGUGGGUCGGAUAGGUGUUGUGUUUGUCGGAUCAUAAGGAACGGGUUUUCCACUAAGAAGGAAUUCAAGGGCGGGAUCGGCGUUUUCACGACUUCCACGAGUGGAAGAGCCUUUGAGUGUAUAGAAAUGGACGAGGAUGACCCGUCCCAAAGAAGAGUCUUGUUGGUCUGCAGAGUGAUUGCAGGUCGAGUGCAUAGGCCUUUGGAGAACAUACAAGAAAUCGCUAGCCAAACAGGGUUUGAUUCAUUGGCUGGGAAAGUAGGCCUGCAUUCAAAUGUGGAGGAGCUCUACUUGCUUAAUCCCAAAGCUUUACUUCCAUGUUUUGUAGUGAUCUGCAAAUCCUGAAGGGAUGCAAUAACAUACUCAAUGCUAUCCACUUUCUGCUUCUAAAGUAGUUUGAGGUUCAGUAUAGUUUUAUUUAGCAUCUGCAACAUUGGUAUUUUCAAGGUUAAUGAUUGGUGCCUUCUGCAAUUACACUUGCACCACCUACAACGAAAAGCUCUUUGCAUUAUUUGUUGUGUAAUUGUUAAUUAGUACUAUGUUUAUUGAAGGAAUUGUCAAUAUAUUGAUUUUCUUGAAGAGAUGCUAAAUCUUUUUGAAGUUCAGAUUUAUACAAAAUUUUCCCA